AUGAUUCCUUUUUUUCAGACACGCUCAGGGGGGCCGUAUGCUUCUACCGUCGCCAGUCUAGGAGAACUGCCGACGAUCAUCCCUGAUAUUCCCAUCUGCACCGUGUUCAUAGCCCUUUACAUCGGCUUUGCUGCCACUAAUAUGACCAUAUUGCAGAAGAACCGCCGCAGGAACCGCAAGUUCAUAUUAUCAGGGGUGAUUUUUGGUUUCUGCAUGGCUCGAAUAGUCACUCUCGUUCUCCGCAUCGCCUGGGCAAACCGACAGCACAAUGUUCGACUUGCAAUCGCAGCAGGGAUCUUCGUGAAUAUGGGUAUUCUCUUGAUCUACAUUAUCAACUUCAUUCUCGCACAACGUAUUCUACGGGCCAAGCAGCCACGCAUCGGGUGGAAUCCAGUCUACGGGACCGCGUGCAAGAUUCUGUACUUCUCCAUAGUCGCUGCGCUGGUUAUGAUGAUUACGUCCAUAGUGAUAUCGUUUUAUACGCUGAAUCUUCACACCCGGGCAAUCUGUCGAGAUAUUCAACUCGCCGCACUCACCUAUCUCCUCGUCUUCUCCUGCCUCCCGCUGCUGCACAUCCUCGCGGUGGAGCUGUUACCGAGCUCAACGGACGAGGAGACCUUUGGGGAGGGGAGCAUGGUCGUGAAGGAGAUCAUAGUCACCGUGUCGACGUGUCUGUGCGUGUUCGCCGCUGGAUUUAAGGCCGGAGCAAACUGGAGUCCUCCUCGUCCCAUAACCAGCCCGCCCUGGUAUGUUUCCAAGGCAUGUUUCUACGUUAUCGUCUUUGCAUUCGAGAUCCUCAUUCUUUGUCUUUUGACAUUCGGUCGGAUCGACAAGCGGUUUUUUAUUCCAAACGGCUGUAGUCGUCCGGGCGACUACUCGCGACCUCGACAGACGAAUGACGGGAGUGAAACGGAUGAAUCUGUGUACCUUCGUCGUUUAAAGGUUUAA